GGUGGUCCCGGAUCGUUGCACCGGUUGCUGCGCGGUAUGGUGAACCAGCGGGCCCUCAAGCGGGACGAGUUUAUCACGGCCGAGCUAACGAACCAUCUGUUUCAGACGAAAAGUUUUCCCUUCGGGCUCGAUCUGGCGGCAAUCAACAUACAGCGGGGUCGCGAUCACGGUCUACCAGCGUACGUGAACUGGCGUGGCCCGUGUGGCCUGUCGACGAUUCGGGACUGGAACGAUCUGGACCGGGUGAUGGGACCGGCAUCGACGAAUCGGCUCCGCAAAGCAUACCGCACGAUCGACGAUAUCGAUCUGUUCGUCGGAGGGCUAGCGGAACGGCCAGUCGUCGGGGGUAUCGUUGGUCCCACGUUUGCCUGUAUCAUCGCGCAGCAGUUCAGCAACCUGCGCAAGGGUGAUCGAUUCUGGUACGAGAAUGCAGGCUUCGAGUCCUCGUUCACGCCGGCCCAGCUCGAAUCGAUCCGUCAGGUGGCGUUGUCGCAGGUCCUGUGCCGAGCCCUCGGGGGCGGUGGUACGCUGCAACCGUUUGCCUUUCUUCCACCGGACUUUGGACAGAACGAACGAUUACCGUGCGAGACGCGACUGAUGGCCCCGAUCGACCUGGACCCUUGGGCCGAACGGGACCCCUUCACAAACGACGCUGACGCCACCAACAGCAACGGGACGAACGAGGAAGACGAUGACGGUUGGGACGAUUCCGACGAAGAGGAGGAAGAGGAGCAGGCAGAUACUGACACGGACAAGAACGAGACAAAACCAGCCGUGGGCACUACCGACGCCGCCACCGCACAGUUAACAACAUUUUCCACGACUACUACGACUACACGUAGACCUCCGACGAUCUUGUUGAACCCGGUAACAGGAAACGUGCUCAACAAGGUAGACCUGAUCACGAACGGCAACACGGGACUACAGCAGCGGCCUACCGUGAUCAAAGGACAGAAAGCAACGCCGACUGUACUAGUGAGCAACAAACUUGACCUUAACUCACCGACACCAACGAAUCGACCUUCGCAGCCGCUGAUCUUAGUAGCCGGUACAACCGUCGUAGACCACAAGCUGGACCUUCAAACGAUGACCACGACGACCAAACGACCAUCGACAACCAAACGCAAACAGACCCGCAAACCGACCACCAAGAAACGGCCCCAAACGGCAGCCUCUGCAUCGAACCGACCAACCGGUGGCGGUAUCAGCAACAACCUUGACUUUUCCGCCACGAGACGAACCGUCAACGGGUCGACGACGACAACGACGACCACUAGAAGACGGCGUACUAGACGAACUGCUACAAAACGAGACGCACGCCAUGGAACGGCCUACUACUAUCAGACACCUGACGACGACGCCGACUAUGAUGACGACUCUGACUAUGACCCUCCACCGUACCUAGCCUAUGGUUACCAUAGACCGACUACGACCACGACCACGACAACGACCACUACUGAACCACCGUACGCCUACUACCACCACCCCCCACCAUUCGGGGGUUACUACACGGUACCUUCGACGGCCCCUCCACAACCACCGUACCCUUACUUUGACACACGACGACCAACACUCCGCGCCAGGACAACGACCAUACGACGUAGACUUUCGGACAAACUUACCCUACCCUUAGACGCGACUACUAGUAAACCACCCCGACAACCCAACAAAAACGGCGACCAGACGCGACCGAAUAAACCUUUCCUCAAACCGGCGUCCGGUUCUUCGUCUCACUCGUCUGUCUUCUCUGUCGACUUCCGGCGGAGCCUCGUAGUACACGGUAGCCGUAGCUCGGUUGCUACUGCACCAUCUGGUACUACGGUGGCCAGUUCUGUCGCUUCCUCGCCUACUACUAACGAUCGAACGAACAAACUUUCCGCUAACGAGCUACUGCUACCAGCACUGUCUCAACGACAAACUUUCUUCGCCUCCAACGGCACCCGACGUGCUUCUCUUUCCGCUACUUCUUCUCUUCCUUCCGAUCUUCCGAUGAAACUAUCCGAAUCUUUCUCUACUAACGACUAUGACGACGACUACCAAGACGAUCAGACGAACGUUCAGACGAAACGAGAUGACGCCAUUGAUCGACUGCAGGAAGAACAUGACGGUUACCUACGACCCGAGCAGACACACUUUGAACCACUGGUUCGUCCCGAUAGGCCACUAGCAUACCGGGAUUACUACGGUGACGGAAGCAUAAAGACGUUACCAUACCGACGAGACUACCCGGCCUCAACGGACAGAACGGGAAACCACGUGGACUCUCUACUGUUGUACCGACCGGACACGACACAGACCGUACGUUACGCAUCGACUUACAACGAUCCACUACUACUGGAUGACUAUUCGGACAAAUUCGUGGGAUUGCUUAUGCUGGAUAACCAGCCCCACCAGGACCAUAGGGCGAUACGAGCGAAAGAACGGGCCAUACGGGACGACGUGACGACACAAAUGGACGGCAAACAGAUCACCAACAGACUGAAACACGACAAACGACCUAACGGGAACAAACGCAAGGGAGUACCGGCAGCAAGCUCCACCAUUUCCAUGGUACCGUUCGUGCUGCUAACCAACAUCGACAGACCGGACAACUGGGUAAUGUACCAUUCGAAGCCCUCGAAACGACGAACACCACCACCAGCGGUACCGUUGCUGAAGAGCGAUACGUUCUCCCUGAGCGAACUCCCGAAGCCCAUCAUUGGCCCGGACUGAUGGCGGGGUUUUCGCCGGAUUUGCCCAUUUUUUCACCCAGCAUUUUCCAUGACAUUUAACGCUACACUGUACUGUUGUAACUUGUACUCACAAUCAUUUAUUAUUUAUUUAUUGCAUUGCAUUAAAACACAUUAUGGUUACUCGCAGUAAAGAGCGCAAAUAUAGUGCCGAUUGUUGUAUGCUGAA